AUCAGUUAACCAGCGCAUCUUCUCUAGUCAAAAUGAAAUUCUUUGUGGUAUUCGCAGCUGUUGUAGCUGUUUCGGCUGCUCAGUUUGGAGGAUUUAUCCAGUCAACUCGGAUCCCUGGCUUCCCUCGGCCUACUAUACCACCACCUCCACCACCCAGACCGACCAUUCAGGCUAUUCUUCCUAACCGUGUCGCAACUAAUGAGCAGGCUGCUGAAACUAUCAGUUAUCAGAACGAGAUCCUCCCUGACGGCAGCUACAGCCAUGGGUUUGAGACUAACAACGGAAUCUCAGCUCAAGCACAAGGAACUCCUCGUGACUUCGGAGGCAAUCCUCCCGUUGUGCCUGUAGUAUCCCAGGGAUCGUUCGCCUGGACAUCUCCCGAAGGUCAACCAAUCGUAAUUACCUACAUCGCUGACGAGAACGGCUACCAACCUCAGGGUGAUGCUAUCCCCACUCCACCUCCAAUCCCAGAAGCCAUCCUCAGGGCUCUGGACUUCAUCGCAAGAAACCCACCAGCGCCCCAGAAGAAGUGAAUUAACCUUAACUGAAAUGAAUCUUAGAAUUUAGUUAAUUUAAGUGUAGUCAUCAAUCAAUUGAAUUCUAUUGCCAUAUUUGAAAAUGUAUCGUUAUAGUUCUCUAGUUUGAUCAGGUCAAACAUAUUGGCCUUUGUAAAUGUGAUAUAUUAAAGUAAAUAAAAGUACUCGUUGAAAGAUGUUUAAAAUAAUUAUAAAAAUAUUAAAUCCGCGAAUAAAGUUUAUUAUACAAAAUUA